AAAUGCAGGCGGCUGUUGGGAGAUCUGACUGAUAAACGCUCCUCAGAGGAAUCAGUUGGAUUAAAUAUUUGCGCCUAAUUUGGGCUGUUUGUUAUCGCAAGCGAUGGAAAGCAAGGCUGUAAUGUUUUCUGCACUUUUUCUCGUCUGUAUUACGCUAGUAAACGGAUCCCCAGCAUCUUUGAAAGUGAGCAAGCUUACCAAAGCAAGAAAUGUCACAUGGUCAUCUUACAAUUUCAAAACAAUCCUAACGUGGGGACCUAAACCUGUCAACUACACGUAUACGGUUGAAUUUUCAAGAGUUGGGAAGGACAAACACAGAAACCCUCACUGCAUUAGAAGCCCCGAGACCGAAUGUGACCUGACUAAUGAACUAGAACCGAAGGGGGUCUAUUCUGCUGAUGUCCUCUCUGAGUCUCUACAGGGGUCUGCCGACUACGUAUCCCCAUUCACCAGAUCAAAGACGUUCUGUCCCUAUAACGACACGAUAAUUGGAAGGCCCGAUUUUAAGUUGAACGUGAACGAGAACAAGAUCGUGCUGAUCAUACAAGACCCCAUCACAGCUCUGCACAAAGAUGGCAGAUCUCUGAACAUACGCGACGUCUUUAAGAAAAAUCUCAAGUACACGAUCACGUACAACAAAGCUGGAAGCACAGGAAAAAAAACGCUGACCGUGGAUGAGAGCAAAGCAGAGUUUAAUAGUCUGGAGGAGGAUCAGAGUUACUGCUUCAGCGUGGCGGCGUACAUCCCCUCUCGUAAAGGAGAAAAGAGGGUCGGAGAAUGGAGCCUGCCCAAGUGUUCACCACAGAAGCACAAGAACCUGAUCGAGGAGUAUGGACUGGCUGUGAUCGGAGGAGCGGCGCUCAUUAUACUUGCUUUUGUAAUUGCUGUAACCGUACUGAUCGUGGUUUGCUGUAAACGAGCACGAAGACAAACACCGACGGCCAAGGAAACAGUAGUAUAGGCAUGAAGGAAUACAACAUUUCUGCUGUUUCGGGCUCAGAACGGGAUGUACAGCUGGACUGUAACCGUUUUUGCGCCGAGUGAAACCUGGUUUCUAUGAAACGCAAACACUACAUGAUAUGUUGUACAUAUCAGAUCUUUUUAUUUUGGUUACGGAUGAGUCAAACUGUAUCUGUUUAUUAAAUGGCAUUAUUUAUUGUUUUUUCCGAAAUGUAUUAUUAUUAUUAUUAUUGGUAGUAGAAAAAAUAUUUUUAAGAUUUACAAAAUC